AGUCUGAAUUUUGUUUGUUCCUCGAUAAAAACUUCAAUAAAUUAAAACGCUCCUUUUUUUUUAUUAUUCUGAGAGUUCUAUACAAAAAAGUAAAAUUAUGAACAAUUUGCUUCUCAGAUCCUUUAAAAGAUUCUAUUCUUCAAAUGAAACAAAUUCUAAAAAAUGUAAAGUCACCAUUUGUGGAGCAGCUGGAAAUGUUGGUCGUAUUAUUUCGUAUUGUUUAAAAACUUCACCACUCAAUAUCCAUUUGAGUCUUUUCGAUACGUCCACUGAAAUCAAACAAGUCUCUGAUCAAUUAAAUUUAAUAAAUACUCCAAAUACUCUUGAGGAACAUGUUGGACCCUUAAAAUUAAGACAAUCAUUAAAGGAUUCUGAUAUUGUUGCAAUUGUAGCAAGAUCAAAACCAAAUCCCAAUAAAAACUUAAGUGUUCCUGAUACAUUUGAAAUGAAUUUUCCAAUCGUUGCCAACAUUGCUCGAUGUUCCAUGGAAAUGUGUCCUGAGGCAAUUCUUGCAAUUGGAACAAAUCCUAUGAAUUCAAUAAUUCCUGCCAUAAAUGAGUUAUUUAUACUCCAAGGCCAUCAACACUCGCAUAAGAUUCUAGGAAUUACCACCAUGGAUCUAAUGCAGGCAGGAGUUGUAUACGCCGAAUCUAUGAACAUUGAUCCAACAGAAGUUUUUAUACCCUUAACAGGAGGAACAACUGCCGAGACAAUUGCUCCAAUAUUUUCUCAAGCUGCUGUCUCAGAAGAAGAGACUCCCAAAGAACUUUCCGUAAUUGAUUCUGAAAAAUUGCACAAUUCUUUCCUCGUUAAGAAGAAGCAAUCAAAUGAGGCCGAAUUUGCAACUGGUUUUGCUAUAAGUCAAUUUAUAGAAUCUUGUGUGAGAGCAAUUAAUGGAGAGUCUGAUGUUGUGGAAACUGCUUUUGUUUGUGCACCUGAAGAAGCUCCAGCUAGAUAUUUGAUUUCUUUGGUCGAUCUAGAUCAACAUGGAAUUGAAACAGUCUACGGUCCACCGAAGACGAUAAAUCGUUUUGAAAAGAAGCUUUUAUAUCCAGCUCUAUUGAAUUUGCAAAGAGAUAUAACACAAGCAGAACAACAUGUUCAGACCUUGCUCAGGAAUGGCGUCGAAAUGCGAAUGAGGAAGUGAAGAAGAUUUUGAAUUUGUGUAAACACUAAGAAGCUUAUUUUUAUUUUAUAAAUAUAUUUUAAUGUUUCAUUGA